AUGGCCUGUAGAGGAAGAGGUGGGCAUGGCCAGCCUUCCUCAGCAUCACUCUCCUGUGUCAUCCCUGGAAGUCUUCACACAUUUAGGACCUGUGCCCAUAAUAUAUGCAUGGUGUCGGACUUUUUCUACCCAAACAUGGGAGGCGUGGAAAGUCACAUUUACCAGCUCUCUCAGUGCCUGAUUGAAAGAGGGCACAAGGUCAUAAUUGUCACCCACGCUUACGGAAAUCGCAAAGGCGUCCGUUACCUCACUAAUGGCCUCAAAGUCUAUUACUUGCCUCUGAAAGUCAUGUACAACCAAUCUACAGCCACGACCCUCUUUCACAGUCUGCCAUUGCUCAGGUACAUAUUUGUUCGGGAGAGAGUCACGAUAAUCCAUUCACAUAGUUCCUUUUCUGCCAUGGCCCAUGAUGCCCUCUUCCACGCCAAGACAAUGGGCCUCCAGACAGUCUUCACGGACCAUUCCCUUUUCGGAUUUGCUGAUGUCAGCUCGGUGCUUACAAACAAGCUUCUAACUGUGUCUCUUUGUGACACAAACCACAUAAUUUGUGUCUCUUACACUAGUAAGGAAAACACUGUGCUAAGAGCAGCACUGAAUCCUGAAAUAGUAUCCGUCAUUCCUAAUGCUGUAGAUCCUACUGACUUCACUCCAGACCCAGUUAGAAGGCAUGAUAGUAUAAUAACUAUUGUUGUUGUCAGCAGACUUGUUUACAGAAAAGGGACCGAUUUACUUAGUGGUAUAAUACCUGAACUCUGUCAGAAAUAUCCUGAUUUAAAAUUCAUAAUUGGAGGAGAGGGACCAAAGAGAAUCAUUUUGGAAGAAGUACGGGAAAGAUACCAGCUCCAUGACAGAGUGUGUCUCUUGGGAGCCUUAGAACACAAGGAUGUUAGAAAUGUCUUAGUUCAAGGACAUAUUUUUCUUAAUACUUCUCUUACGGAAGCAUUCUGCAUGGCGAUUGUGGAAGCAGCCAGUUGUGGUUUACAGGUUGUAAGUACCAGGGUUGGUGGAAUUCCUGAAGUACUUCCAGAAAAUCUUAUCAUUUUAUGUGAGCCUUCUGUAAAAUCUUUGUGUGAGGGAUUGGAAAAAGCUAUUUUCCAACUGAAGUCAGGAGCAUUGCCACCUCCAGAAAAUAUCCAUAAUAUUGUAAAGACUUUCUACACCUGGAGGAACGUUGCAGAGAGAACUGAAAAAGUGUACGACCGAGUGGUAGGAGAAGCUGUGUUACCCAUGAGCAAACGGCUGGACAGACUCAUCUCUCACUGUGGCCCUGUGACAGGCUGCAUUUUUGCUCUGUUGGCUGUAUUCAACUUUCUCUUCCUCGUUUUCCUGAGAUGGGUGACUCCAGAUUCUUUCAUUGAUGUUGCAGUAGAUGCCACAGGGCCAAAGGGUGCCUGGGCUCAUCGAUAUCCUUAUCAAUAUAGUAAAAGAGGGGCUGAGAAUACUGAGCUGUCUGAAACAAGAUAG